UCCCUCCAUAUUGAUACUCUUUUGAGAGAACAUAACUUGUUUUUCCUCCUGCAGAAAACGUUGACCAGAAACUACAAGUUAGCGCACCAGUAAAUGAUUAACGCAUAAACGGUAAAUGAAAGAAAAUUGCCAGGGAGCUUUUCUAGUGAGCUAUGGAUGAAAGCAAAGAUGUGCCAAAAGAUUUUAUCAAGCUCAAGUCUGAAAAGCUCUCUGUAGAUGAAGUGUCAGAGCUGGUCAUUUCACCAUGCUGUGGGGCAGUGUCUCUUUUCAUUGGUACUACAAGAAAUAAUUUUGAAGGGAAAAAAGUGAUUCACUUAGAAUACGAAGCGUAUAUGUCAAUGGCAGAGACUGAAAUAAAGAAAAUCUGCAGAGAUGUUAGACAGAAAUGGCCAUCAGUCAAACAUAUUGCAGUGCACCAUAGACUUGGUGUGGUUCCAAUAACUGAAGCAAGUGUAAUUAUUGCAGUCUCCUCUCCACAUAGAGCAGAAUCCCUUGAAGCUGUAAGGUACUGCAUCGAUACCUUAAAAGCAUCUGUCCCAAUAUGGAAAAAGGAGAUUUAUGAGGACGAAUAUUCUUGGAAAGAGAACAAGGAAUGCUUUUGGGCAAAUUCAGGAAAAUAGCUUAACUCUUAAAAAUAAAGUGUUACUGUUUCUAAUGAGCAUAA